AUGGUAAGUGAUUCCUUAAAUGAAGAUUUUCAACUUAGUUUCAAAAAUCUCUUGAGAGAUCAUCAGAUUUAUCUACUUUUUCCUCCUUUAUUUUCUUACAGAUAUAAUUGGAUUCACUCUUUUCGUCCUAAUUACGUAUUUCUUCUGUUCCUGAUUACAACAAUCUGUUGGACAGUUACGAAAGCAGAAGAAGACAAUAUAAAAUCAACGAUCGAUAGAGACAAGAGAGCACCUCAAUUAUAUAGCUUCGGACUGGGCAAGAAAUCGUACAAUAUUCCUCUCGAUUCCGAUAACAUUGACGAAGAUGAAAUGGUAAUGGCCGAAAAUGGUAAUGACUUGAAACGAGACGAACAUCGUUACGCAUUGGAAUUAGGUAAGAGAUACGAUCAACGUUUCGCUUUUGGACUGGGUAAACGUGAUCCUUCAGGAAGAUACAGUUUUGGACUUGGUAAAAGGGAACCAAACCGCUUUGCAUUCGGUCUUGGCAAAAGAUCAAUGGAUGGUGACAUGGAAGAUUACAUGAAGAGAAGAUUCUCCUUUGGUCUGGGCAAAAGAGCUGAUGAUACUUUCAAUGCUGAUAUUGAUAAGAGACCAGAUCAAAGAUUCUCCUUUGGUCUUGGCAAGAGAGCAGACCCUAGAUUUGCAUUUGGUCUUGGCAAAAGACCCGAUCAGAGAUUUUCUUUUGGUCUCGGAAGACGAAAAAGAUCGACUCAAGAAUCGAAUUAUUCCUCCGAAGAGGAGUAUAAGGAAUAAUUUCAAUCAUAUUUUCUUUCUCAUUUAUGUUUAACAAAAGGACUGAAAAUAAUAUAAAGGAAAAAAAAUAUAUUCCAGAUAUAAAAUACAAAUCACGGUUACGUUAUAAUG